UGUGCCCAGGUCUUUGUGGCUAGGCUGCUCCAACCUGGUAGAGAGCAUGUGCGCACUGAGAUGCCUGCAGAGCAUGCCCAGUGUCAGAUGUCUCCAGAAUACAUCGGGGAUGGAGGAUCAGAAUGAAGAUGAGUCUCCAAAGAAGAAUACAGUAUGGCAGAUCACUAAUGGGCCCCCUUCUAUGAUCGUCUCCAGAAAGCGACCCUCUGGGAACUACGAGAAAGAGAAGGAUUUGUGUAUUAAGUAUUUUGACCAGUGGUCUGAGUCCGAUCAGGUGGAGUUCGUGGAGCACCUAAUAUCCCGGAUGUGCCAUUAUCAGCAUGGGCAUAUUAACUCCUAUCUGAAACCAAUGUUGCAACGGGACUUCAUCACUGCUCUACCAGCCCAAGGAUUGGAUCACAUAGCAGAGAACAUCCUGUCAUACCUGGAUGCCAAGUCACUGUGUGCUGCUGAGGUGGUGUGUAAAGAAUGGCAGCGGGUUAUUGGCGAGGGAAUGCUGUGGAAAAAGCUGAUUGAACGGAUGGUGCGCACAGACCCGCUGUGGCGAGGCCUCGCAGAGAGGAGGGGAUGGGAACAAUAUCUGUUUAAAAAUAGGCCUGCGGAUGGUCCACCAAAUUCAUUUUACAGAGGGUUAUACCCAAAGAUAAUCCAGGAUAUAGAGACCAUAGAAUCGAACUGGAGGUGUGGGAGGCACAACCUGCAAAGAAUCCAGUGUCGGUCAGAAAAUAGCAAAGGAGUUUACUGUCUACAGUACGAUGAUGAGAAAAUAAUCAGUGGUCUGAGGGAUAACUCUAUCAAAAUUUGGGACAAACAAUCGCUGGAGUGUUUGAAGAUACUGACUGGACACACAGGCUCUGUGCUGUGUCUUCAAUAUGAUGAGCAUGUCAUUGUUACUGGGUCUUCAGACUCUACAGUAAGGGUCUGGGAUGUUAAUACAGCCGAGGUCUUGAACACACUAAUUCAUCACAAUGAGGCAGUGUUGCAUCUUCGUUUCAGUAAUGGACUGAUGGUCACAUGUUCCAAGGACAGAUCUAUAGCUGUAUGGGACAUGGCCUCGCCGACUGACAUCACUCUGAGGAGAGUGUUAGUUGGCCAUCGGGCAGCAGUCAAUGUGGUAGACUUUGAUGACAAAUACAUUGUGUCAGCAUCAGGGGACCGGACUAUUAAAGUGUGGAGCACGAGCACUUGUGAAUUUGUGCGUACCCUGAACGGCCAUAAGCGAGGAAUAGCAUGCCUUCAGUAUCGGGACCGACUGGUUGUCAGUGGUUCCUCUGACAAUACCAUCAGGUUGUGGGACAUAGAAUGUGGUGCCUGUCUGAGGGUUUUAGAAGGCCAUGAGGAAUUAGUACGAUGCAUUCGAUUUGACAACAAGAGGAUUGUGAGUGGAGCUUACGAUGGCAAAAUCAAAGUAUGGGACUUGCAAGCUGCUCUUGAUCCUCGAGCCCCUGCAAGUACUUUAUGUCUACGCACUUUGGUGGAGCACUCUGGCCGAGUAUUUCGACUGCAGUUCGAUGAGUUUCAGAUCAUCAGUAGUUCCCAUGAUGAUACCAUUCUGAUCUGGGAUUUCCUGAAUGUGCCAUCAAGUAACCAGAAUGAAACACGCUCUCCAUCGAGGACGUACACUUACAUCUCCAGAUAACGGGAUACGUGGCCACUACCUGGAGCAGGGGCUGGAAUUACUACUGGAUAUUGGCUGCAGAGAGCCUGAAGAUGACUAUGCUCAAAGAGCCAUGUUUAGUUGUGGUGACCUGGUUUCUGUGGGCGUGGACAGAUCAAAGCCAGCAAGCUAUCAGUAUAGUACAUCAUACCUUCCCCUCUUCUGUCUUUCUUUACUAUUUUCCCCCUUGUUCCUGUAUUUCCUUUCCUCAGAGAACUCUGAAAUGACAUUUACAGUAGAACUUGCAUUUAAGGAGCCUGGCCACCUGCAAUGCCCUGUACAGUGAAGAGCAGUCUCUGGUUCCCAAAGCUAAGUGUUUCAGAAAUGGAUUCCUCUAAAUGGGCAAUGCUGCCAAAUCUUGGAGAGGAAAGGAUUUGGCUCAUUCAGUAUCGCUUUGCACUUUUACCCUGAGGAAAGGGGAUGAAGAAGUCAUUUGUUGGGCGUUUGUUUCUUUGUUUUGGUGCCAUAUUGUUGUAGGACAACGAGCUGAAUUUCUCAAAGCUUCGAUAUGUAUUAGGAAGCAUCGUUUUGUCAAAAUUUCGGAAGAGGCCUCUCAUUGGUUGUCUUUCUGUCUCUCUCAUUCGGAUUACAAAUGGAUGCACGUUCUUGACAAGGAAACAGUGCAUCAAAUGAGUUCCUAAAAUGUAAGCUUUUUGAAAAGGGGGGUUUCUUUUUUACAUAUAUAUAUAAUAAUAUAUAUAUAUAAAACUAACAGUAAAUAGUGUUAGCUGCUUAUAUAUGAAGAUUACAUGCAAUUCGAGCUGUGUCGAAUGUAGCUAGUUGUACAUAACAUUGUGUGUUGAUUGUAUAGUAACCUAUUUGAACCUUCUCAUGGGAUUUUUGUUUCCUUUUCCUAAAUGUUCUUGAACUAACGGAGGGCUAUAUUGCACUAACUGUGAAAGGCUUGUAUUUAUGCAUAGAUUGCUGUGCCCCUGUCUCAGUCCCUUUUUGAACCAACGCCACUACUGUGAUUUAAAGUAAAAUGCAUUUUAUUUCCAGUUCAUUAACAUUGCUACUCUGCUUCUUUAAAAGAUUUCCCCUUUUUUAAAAGUGUAAUGGGCCUGUUGAAAUUUUAAUUUUGUGACUCAAAAGUCAAUUUUGAAUUCAAAAUUAUUUAAUAACCGGUUGUUCUUGUUUCUCUCUUCCCAUUUCCUGCUUUUCCAAGUAGUCCAAGGUGCAGUUCUUAGCCCAAGUAUUUGUUAAAUUUCUUUGUUUUUGUAUAUAUUCCAUAUCCUUCCUUGUAUUUUACCCAUCUGCAAGACAAGCUUCAGAUUAUUUAAAAAUAUUUCCUCCUCUUUCCCAUUGCCCUCAAAAUAACAUACGUUAUGAUUUACUGGAGCACACAUUUUGUAAAAGUGAAAGCUUUGUUUUAAGACAUCUCAACUAACGUAAUUAUCUUUGCACAAGCAGUUACCUGUAAGUAUUGCCUCAAUGGUUUGUGUAUAUCGAAAACUGGCAACUAGGAUAUAACAUUGUCAUGGCCAAAGCUGAGAUUCUGUACUGUUUUAUUUCCUCUAUUUCUCCCUUUGAGAAAGGGGAGCAGCUGCUUGUGUUUUAUCUGGUUGAGACACAAGGUGUGCAGUCACACAGAGAUGGUGUCUUGUUUGUGUUUAGGUGUAUAUUUUGUAAUGCUUUAAUUUAAAGACCUGUUUUGAAGUCCUGUGCCCAGUAUGUCACUGCAAAGGAAUUUUUUCAGUUGUCAGCUGCAGAACCAUGUAGCAGGAAUGCGAGGAUCUGAGGAUUAAGGAGCUGUUUUGACAUUGGCUGUACUCUGCGAGUAUGUUUACUGCUCACAGCUGUGGACCCUGUUAUGAGACCGUACGACUGAUGCUCUGGAAGCGCUGGGAUGCGAUGAUUAUAUCAUGUAAUUAUGUUUGCAACCUCUGAACCCUGCCUACUUUCCAGUGGAAAUAAGUAUGUGUGUCUUGACAGUUCAUAAAGACUGUUAUAAAUGUACAGAAAAUUGUUUAUCAGUUCAAGCUUUUAACGUGGAAUGUGCUUAAUAAAUUCAGUUACAAAAUA